UCUCCAUCUUACUUCUUCAAGAAAUGGGUUCUUGUAAAUUCUCCAUGUUUAUUUUUCUUUUCUUGAUCGUAUUCUUCCCGGUCAUCUCCGUCUCCGUCUCCGGCCAAGAAACCUCCAUUCAUCUGAAGCAGAAACUAUCUUUGAUCGGUUUCCGGUCAGGAAUUUCUUCUGACCCUGAAGGCGUUCUUGAAAACUGGAACUCCUCAGACAUUCAUGUCUGCAACUGGACAAGAGUUAACUGCAACAAUGUCAGCCACCUUGUAGUAAAGCUUGACCUCAGUGGUUUAUCACUCAAAGGCAAAAUUUCUCCAUCUCUUGCAAAUCUUUCCGAUUCUUUAACAAUUCUUGAUUUAUCAAGAAACUUACUCGAAGGUUCUAUUCCAGUUGAGCUUGGAAAUCUUUUCCAUCUUCAACAACUCAGUCUGUCAUGGAAUCUUUUACAAGGAAAGAUUCCGUUCGAGUUAGGUUAUCUUACUAAAUUAGUUUAUCUUGAUUUAGCAAGUAAUAAUCUGACAGGUGAAAUUCCUGAUCCAGUUUUUUGUAAUGGGUCAUUUUCUUCUUCUUUAGAGUACAUAGAUUUUUCUAAUAAUUCUUUAAUUGGUGAAAUACCAUUGAAGAAUGAAUGUCAGCUUCAAGAGUUGAGGUUUCUUUUGCUUUGGUCAAAUAAAUUAGUGGGUAGGGUUCCUAAAUCUCUUUCUAAUUCUACAAAGCUUCAAUGGCUUGAUCUUGAGUUAAAUUUCCUAAGUGGGGAAUUACCAUCAGAAAUUGUUAGUAAUAUGCCUGAAUUGCAAUUUCUUUAUUUGUCUUAUAAUGAUUUUGUGAGUCAUGAUGGUAAUACAAAUCUUGAACCUUUUUUGUCUUCUUUAGUUCAUUCUUUUAAUUUUCAAGAACUUGAAUUAGCAGGAAAUAACUUGGGUGGCAAGAUACCUUCUAUUAUUGGUAAUCUUUCUCAUCUUGUACAAAUUCAUCUUGAUGAAAAUCUUCUCUUUGGCUCUAUACCUCCUCAAAUUUCUAAUUUAGUCAAUCUUACCCUUCUAAAUUUAUCUUGUAAUCUUUUGAAUGGUUCCAUCCCGCCAAAACUACGUCGUAUGGGAAAACUAGAGAGGGUUUAUUUGUCAAAUAACUCACUUUCAGGUGAAAUUCCUGAAGCUUUUGGUGAUAUUCCUCAUUUGGGUCUUCUUGAUCUUUCCAGGAACAAGCUUUCAGGUUCUAUUCCUGACAGUUUUGCAAAUCUUUCGCAGUUACGUCGACUCUUGCUUUACGGAAAUCGUCUGUCAGGAACUAUUCCGCCAAGCUUAGGCAAAUGCGUAAAUUUGGAGAUUCUAGACCUUUCUCAUAAUCAACUUUCAGGAUUGAUUCCUAGUCCUGUUGCAGGAUUGAGAAGCCUGAAAUUGUAUUUGAAUUUGUCUAGUAAUCAUUUACAAGGUCCAUUACCAUUGGAGCUAAGUAAAAUGGAUAUGGUUCUAGCAAUUGAUUUAUCUUCAAACAAUCUUUCUGACACUAUUCCGCCGCAGCUUGGAAAUUGUAUUGCAUUAGAAUACUUGAACCUGUCAGGAAACAGUUUCGAUGGUCCGAUUCCUGAUUCAAUCGGUCAGUUGCCUUAUCUCAAGCAACUUGAUGUAUCCUUAAACCAAUUGACAGGACAAAUACCUGAAUAUCUCCAAGCGUCACCAACUCUUAAGAUUCUGAACGUCUCAUUCAACAAAUUGUCAGGAAAUGUAUCGAACACUGGCGCUUUUUCGUCGCUGACAAUCAAAUCAUUCCUCGGAAACGAAGGUCUAUGCGGCAAAAUAAACGGAAUGAGAAAAUGUCCGAAGAAGAAACCUUAUCAUUCCUUUAUUUUGCCUGUAAUCCUGUCACUAUCUGCCACACCAUUGCUGUGUAUGUUCUUGGUUUUCAGGUCAAAAUACAAAAAGCAGCAAUUUACAGUUUUCAGCAAAGGAAAGAUGGAAGAUGAGGAAAAACAAGCAAAAGAUCCGAAAUAUCUACGAAUCACAUAUCGACAGCUCGUCGUAGCCACUGGCGGGUUUAACGCAUCAAAUCUGAUCGGUUCAGGUCGAUUCGGCCACGUAUACAAAGGACUACUUCAAGACAACACAAGAAUAGCUGUGAAGGUAUUGGAUUCAAAAUCAGGUGGGGAAAUUUCAGGCAGCUUCAAAAGAGAAUGUCAAGUACUAAAAAGGGCUAGACAUAGAAAUCUGAUCAGAAUCAUAACAAUUUGCAGUAAACCAGACUUUAAAGCUCUUAUUCUGCCAUUAAUGGAGAAUGGGAGCUUGGAGAAGUAUUUAUAUCCUAGCCAUGGAUUAAGUAAUUCUGGAUUGGAUUUGGUUCAGGUGGUCAGCAUUUGUAGUGAUGUGGCUGAAGGAAUUGGGUAUUUGCAUCAUUAUUCUCCGGUUAGAGUUGUGCAUUGUGACCUCAAGCCAAGCAACAUUCUUCUUGAUGAUCAUAUGACUGCUUUAGUUGCAGAUUUUGGAAUUUCAAGAUUGGUUAAAGGCGUUGAUGAUCAGAAUAACAAUAAUCCCACGAAUGAUUCGGUUUCCUUCAACUCAACGGACGGAUUGUUAUGCGGAUCACUCGGCUAUAUUGCUCCCGAAUAUGGCAUGGGAAAGAGAGCAUCAACACAAGGAGAUGUGUACAGUUUUGGCGUACUUGUGUUAGAAAUAAUAGCAGGAAAAAGACCAACAGAUGUUCUAUUCCAUGAAGGUUCAAGCUUGCAUGAAUGGGUAAAGAGUCAUUACCCUCACAAGCUGGACACCAUUGUUGAGCAAGCAAUUGUUAGGUUAAGUCCUUGUGGUAUGCCAAAUAAUUGCACCAAAAUGUGGAGUGAUGUUAUAGUAGAAUUGAUUGAGCUUGGUCUUAUGUGUACUCAAUUUAAUCCUUCAACAAGACCAAAUAUGUUAGAUAUAGCUCAUGAAAUUAGUAGGUUGAAGCAAUUUCUUUCUACCCCUCCAUCCCUUCUUAUUCAAGAAGGUUCCUCCUAGUUAAAAUUUGAUUGAGGAGAGAUUUGACAUGUUCAUAUGAUUCCGUUUGACUGGAAUCGAGACUACGUAGUCGAUGUUUAAUAUAAUGGUCGGAUACUGAAUAAUUCACUUAA